AAAUUGAAUAUCGUUUUAUUAUUGAAUUAGAGGAUGGUUUAUAUAGGAAUUGACAAAGUCCUUUCGGUACUUGUCAAUUAAUAGAGCAGACUGAGAGAAUGAUUUAUAAUGUGAACAUAUUGCAGUAAGCAUGUGUGGACCAUGCGUGCAUUAUGUUGCGUGUAAACCGCGUGUACGUGAGGUGACACAAAAUAGCUAUUUCGAGUUUCUUCGCCAAAUUUUGGAGAGAAGGUCAUCGCAAAAGGGAGGACGCUUUUUAUAUCAAAACAUCUGGGAGAUUGAAUCUGAUUAUACUGGUAAUAUGAGAGUACCACUCGAAUAUUAUAAUUUAACCAUAUUGAAGGUCAUUCUAUACGAUCUUUAUUGGAGGAAAUACGACAUAGCCCCCUACCAGAAUAGAAUUACCCUUCAAAGAUAUAGACAAACUACUAAAUAA